GCAGCUCCCACAGCCAGGGCAGGAUGAACGGGACGGAGGGGAUCAAUUUUUACGUGCCUAUGUCCAACAAGACAGGGGUGGUGCGGAGCCCCUUCGAGUACCCGCAGUACUACCUGGCCGAGCCCUGGAAAUACCGCCUCGUGUGCUGCUACAUCUUCUUCCUCAUCUCCACCGGCUUCCCCAUCAACUUCCUCACCCUCCUGGUCACCUUCAAGCACAAGAAGCUCCGGCAGCCUCUCAACUACAUCCUGGUCAACCUGGCGGUGGCUGACCUGUGCAUGGCCUGCUUUGGUUUCACCGUCACCUUCUACACCGCCUGGAACGGCUACUUCGUGUUCGGCCCCAUCGGCUGCGCCGUGGAGGGGUUCUUUGCCACACUGGGAGGCCAGGUCGCCCUGUGGUCCCUGGUUGUCCUGGCCAUCGAGCGCUACAUUGUCAUCUGCAAGCCCAUGGGCAACUUCCGCUUCUCCGCCAGCCACGCCUUGAUGGGCAUCGCUUUCACCUGGGUCAUGGCCAUCUCCUGCGCCGCCCCGCCGCUCUUCGGCUGGUCCAGGUACAUCCCGGAGGGAAUGCAGUGCUCCUGCGGGCCCGACUACUACACCCACAACCCCGACUUCCACAACGAGUCCUACGUGCUCUACAUGUUCGUUAUCCACUUCAUCAUCCCCGUCGUCAUCAUCUUCUUCUCCUACGGACGCCUGGUGUGCAAAGUCCGGGAGGCAGCUGCCCAGCAGCAGGAGUCAGCCACGACCCAGAAGGCGGAGAAGGAGGUGACGAGGAUGGUGAUCCUCAUGGUGCUGGGCUUCAUGCUGGCCUGGACGCCCUACGCCGUGGUGGCGUUCUGGAUCUUCACCAACAAGGGCGCCGACUUCACGGCCACGCUGAUGGCAGUGCCUGCCUUCUUCUCCAAGAGCUCCUCCCUCUACAACCCCAUCAUCUACGUGCUCAUGAACAAACAGUUCCGUAACUGCAUGAUCACCACAAUCUGCUGCGGCAAGAACCCCUUUGGGGAUGAAGAAACCUCCUCCACCGUAUCCCAGAGCAAGACCGAGGUCUCCUCCGUCUCCUCCAGCCAAGUAUCACCCGCAUAGAGCACGGACAGUUUGAACUGGG